AUGACCCCCUACUUCGAUGUCUCCCACCUGCCCUCGUCAGCCUCCUUCUACUCGGCCGUCCUCCAACCCCUCGGCCUCCGCUAUAUAUCCACCGACACUUUGACCGCUGCCAACGCGGACGACGACGACAACGACUCCAAGACGAUCAUCACCACCCGUCCGAGGUGUGAGCUUGUCAGGCUUCCCGCCGCAGUCACCUACGGUUUUCGUGAUCAAACAUCAUCCCCGCCGACCCCCGUCUUCAAGAUCCGCGAGGCCCGCGAUUCUUUCGAGCCCCUGAAGAAGUCCCGCGUCGUCUUCUCUGCUCCAUCCCCCACCGUUGUCACCGACUUCCACUCCUAUACCCUGCGUGCUAACCCUGCUCUCCUGCCCAUCUCCCGCCCCGCUGCCAUAACCCAAAGUGGCGAUACCCACCGCGCCGUUGUCACCGACUUGGACGGUAACACCAUGGAAGUUGUAUAUCAACCCCCUCCCAACUACCCACCCUCCUAUGCUGGCUCUACCGUUCGAAAAACCCAAUCAACACACGACGAAGUCAGUCGCAUCCUCAACUGGAACUACGACGUUGCAAAAUCUUCGCCAUCACGCUCUGCCGCCGCUGCGCCUGCCAGACCCUCCGCCUCUAGAGCCAUGACCUCCCAAGCCGGCCAAUACCCUGGCAACGAGCCGUACACACUACUCCGCCGCAGUGUCACCACUUCCAUUAUCGAAACCUCCCCGUCAGCCAACAAUGAUUUGGCUUCCUCGCCCGCCAAGUCCGCCGCCCCGAGCAGCAGUUUGCAGACCAGUACCGUCCUCGGAGGUCUCCUGGGCGCGGCUGUCGGAGCUGCCGCCGGCGCCGCCAUGACAUACACCAUGUUAAAGAAGGAACGUGCGCAGGCUCCGAGCCAGGAAUUUGACGGUGCUGGUCCCGCUCCGGCCUUCCAGCGCCGUGCUACCUUCCCCGAGCAGUACUCGGAUCAGCAGCCCGCACCGCGUUACGUCGAGGUCGAGAGAACUGUCGAGAAGAUCCGCUAUCCCGAAGCGUACCAGACCCUCCCCGACAACCGUGUCCCGCAUCAGUACGCGGCCAAAUAUAGACAAGCCGGCAGCCGGGCUCGCGAAGACGUCGAUGACGAUGGCCGAAGUCAUACGUCCCGUUAUCAACUCGAGAGGGCCAGCACCGUUCACUCUCGUAGUCAGACCGCUGUUCCCAGGGCGGCUCCGCUCAUGAUCACCGACUACGAGCACCAAAGCAACGCUGGACUUAGCAUAGCUGGCAAGUCGGCCGUGCCUCGUACCGUGGUCGACGACGCUGCAACGUAUGUCUCGGCCAGAAGUGCCAAAUCCCAGUCAACCGUCCGCCCGCCGCCACCCACCGUUGAGACCAUUCUAGGGGGCAGGAGUACGGCUCCCAGCCGCGCGCCGACGCAGGCUCCAAGCAUUGUUCCAAGCAGAGCCCCCACUCAUGCUCCGAGUAGAGCUCCGACUGAUGUCCGCAGCCGGGCACCCACGGCUGCUCCCAGUCGGGCCCCUACCAUCGCCCCCAGCAGAGCUCCGACCAAAGCACCCAGUCAUGCGCCGACAUAUGUGCCAAGUAAAGCGCCGAGCAGAACGCCUACCAAAGUUCCGGUUCGGGCUCCUCCAACCAUUGUUCGAGCCGCCAACCAGCAACAGGUGUUUGGAUAUCCGCCAGCCACACGAGCACCUACAUUCAUGCCAGCAGCGCGUGCUCCUGCGCCGGAGAGCCGUGCUGGCAGCAGGUGGGAGGACGAUGUCGUCAGUGUCGCUCCGAGUGACAGCAUCAGCUGCAUUGGUAGCAGAACGAGCAGACGCCAGUAUCACUAA